AUGUCUGCCGCCCCCGAAUCCGUCGCCGCCGCAACCACCUCACCGCCAGCCAAGCGCGUCAAGACCGAUCUCUCCACCAUGGAGGCCCCUCCCGCAUUGCAAGUCAAGAAGCUCUCCGACAAGGCUCGCCUACCUACCCGCGGCAGUGCCUUUGCCGCCGGCUACGACAUCUACGCUUCCAAGGAUACCGCCGUCCCUGCGAGGGGCAAGGUCCUCGUCGAUACAGACAUUAGCAUUGCCGUGCCCGCCGGAACUUUCCUGGUGACAGAUGGCCGUAUCGCCCCCCGUUCAGGACUGGCAUCCAAGCACUUCAUUGACACCGGCGCCGGCGUCAUUGACGCCGACUACAGGGGCCAAGUCAAGGUGUUGUUGUUCAACCACGCCGAGACCGACUUUGAGAUCAAAGAGGGUGAUCGUAUUGCCCAGCUGGUUAUUGAGCGGAUUUAUACCCCAGAGGUUGUGGAGGUGCAGGAGUUGGAGGAGAGUGUUCGUGGAGCCGGUGGUUUCGGCAGCACUGGUGGAUUUGCCAAUGGCACUGCUGCUUGA